AUGCGUGCCGCCCAGGUGCACCUGUACACUGCGACGCUGGCCAGCCGCCUGACGCAGCAGCGCCUGGCCAACAACAUCAAGUCCAAGGCAGACCUGCCCGGCAAGCCGGUGGAGACGUGGACAAGCUAUCAGGGCCUCCUGCGCAAGUAUUCCAUAGACGCAGCCGGCCUGCCCUGCACUGCCCUUGCUCUGGUGCUUGACGCCCCCGUGGUGUCGUUCCUGGUGGCCACCAUGAACGAGCAGUGCGACCUCUUCUCAGUGGGGGAGCCCUUUGAGACGUUUGACCUAGCCAUAGGCUUCUCGCCGGACGCCCCCGACGCCCUGACUGCGAAUAUCAGCCGCGUGAUUGUCAAGCUGCAGACUGAGCAGGGGCUGCUGGACAAGCUCGAAAACAGUUACAUAACCGGCGCCCACGGCUCUGGCUCCUGCGCAUCAACGUCCCCGACCAGCGGCAAUCAUGGCGGUGGCAAUACAGUCGUGCACAUUGUGCAGGUGGCCGGCCUGUGGUACAUCCUUGCGGCAACCAUACUCAUCGGCCUAUUCAUCACGAGCGCUUCGGUGGCCCAGAGGUGGCGCAGCGGCGCCGCCCGCGCCUCCUGGCACGAGGCAGUGUCGGAUUCGCUGGCGCCUGGGGAGCAGUUUGCGGUCAAGACGCCCAAGGCGUCGUUCUGGGGCACGACGCUCUCUUUCAAGCCCAGGCCCAGCGCCGGGCCCGCCAGCAGGGGGGAGCAGGAGCCGCGCUCGCCGCUCAGCCCCGUGCACCGCAACAGCAUGCUCUCCCGCUUCGCCACGAGCGCGAGCGCGGGCAAGCACGACGCGGCGGCUGCGGCGACGGCUGCAAGCGGGGGCGCAGAGGAGGCCACCACGCAGAGUGUGGAGCAGCGCACGGAGGCGGAAAGGAUGCUGGGAGGUCUAAGCUCUUCUACGGAGUUCAUCCCGCACUGCCGGGUAAUACUGGACAACAGCCGGUCGAAUUACGCGCAGCUGCUGGCGGCGCAGACACUGCUCAAGCUGGUCAACGAAAACACCCUCACCGGCAGCGUGCGCGUGGACAUGAAGAACUACCUCUUCCAAUACCUCAGCAGGUGGGAUUGA